AUGGAUUACAGAUCCGCCUUCCUCUCCCCGUCUGACCUCGAAUCCUUCACCGCCCACCUCCAACGCUCCCAACGCAUCGUCGCCGUCCCCGGCGCCGGUCUCUCUGCCUCAUCCGGUCUGCCCACUUUCCGCGGCGCUGGUGGCCUCUGGCGCAAUUACAAUGCCACUUCGCUCGCGACCCCGGGAGCCUUCCGCUCCGACCCAGGCCUUGUCUGGAUGUUCUAUUCUUACCGGAGACACAUGUCACUGAACGCGAAACCCAAUCCAGCCCACUACGCGCUGGCGGAGCUGGCGAGGAGGAAGCCCGAAUUCUUGACUCUCUCCCAGAAUGUGGAUGGGCUGUCGCCGAGGGCAGGGCAUCCAGCAGACCAGGUCAAGCUGCUGCACGGAAGCCUCUUCGAUGUGAAAUGCGAGGACGAAUCGUGUGGCUAUAUCCGUCGAGACGACUUCGACGACCCAAUUGUUCCGGCUCUUGCCAUACCAGCAGACGAGUCAAGCAUGGCAGAACAAUCCAAGGCGCGACCAGACCAAGCUCUUCAAGCCGCAAUGGCAAGGAAAGCCGCCCUAAUAAAAGGCCUCGACAUUUCCGACGCCAGUAUCCCCAUUCCCACCAUCCCACGCAGCUCUCUCCCGCACUGUCCCAAAUGCAAGACCUCCCUCCUCCGGCCCGGCGUAGUCUGGUUCGGCGAGAUGUUGCCCGAAGCCGUCCUCUCGGAUAUCGACGCUUACUUUGAUGAAGUCGACCCCAAGCCCCAGGCCGAGGCCGGAAACAAAGGCCAUAUGCAACCGAAGAAAGUCGAUCUGUGCCUCGUCAUAGGCACCAGCUCCCAGGUCUAUCCCGCAGCAGGCUAUGCAUCUCAGGCUCGAUCGAUGGGCGCCCGCGUGGCGGUGAUAAACACAGAUCCAUCCGAUGCUCGAGAUCUGCAGGAGGGAGAUUGGUUCUUCAAAGGCGAUGCGGCGGAUAUUGUGCCAGAGAUCCUGAAGAGUGUGAUUGGGGAACCAAAGGCUUCUGAGGUUGGCAAGGCGGGGUGA